GAUAGGAAUCAGAGCUUACAAACUCCUUUACUUUAUAUGGCUUGAUAUUACAGAUAUCCUCACUAUAACUGGUCACCACACAGCUGCUCGAUUCGGAACAAUGCACUUGAUAGCAGCAAACCUCUGGACAUGGAUCAGAUACGUACUGAUGGAAGAGGGAGUGAUGGAGAAAGAAAUACAGGACGUCUUCCGAACAAUUAAUAACAGAUCUAAUCUCGUUAUAAGUGAGAAGUCGGACGACGCUUUCGAGCGUCGGGAAAUCGGCUUCGCAAGUGGCUGCCGAGCUGCUGAAUGCAUUCUAGGUAGUGGCCUUUCCGAAGUCAUGUUCACGGCUAUUGUUGAGUAUUCCUUGAUAGCCGCUGCUGUGAUGUACAUCGUUUGGAGGAAUAUCGGAAAGUGUAGUCGUGGGUCGGAAUAUGUGAAGCGGAAGCAUCGCAUUCGAGUUGACUGUUCAAAAACCACCACAGGCUUAUUUCUUGGAUUAGCGUUCCUAGCAGCGACCUUCACUUCGAUGGCAGUGUAUUAUGGAUACUCGAUACUUGGAAAGAGUAAAAAUGCUGCGUUUGCAUAUGCUCUGGCGGAUAUUUCACAGUACAUUAUUGCAACAGUUGGUUGCAUAAUGGCUAUCUAUCAGCUCAGAGAAUUAAUCUACGUCGAAAAACGAAGCUGCCAGUUAUCAAAAGACCAGGAGCUUCUGGAUCAAAUUUUGCUUUGGUUGGGUUUGAUUGGUGAAUUGAUUUAUUCGGUUGCUGGGCUCGUUGGAUUGACUGGCGAUGGUCCGUGGCAACUGCUAGCUUUUAUUCUAUUUUUUGUUCAUAUUUUCAGACUUAUACAGGUUGGAACUCAGACAUUCCUUAUCUAUCUCGCUGCCAGAGUGAGAGUUGGCGCUUCGAAUAAGCAGAAUCAGCCUGGAAAACAGGCGAUCACCUUCCUUCUUGUUGCAAACCUUUCGAUAUUCUUGAUGAAUCUGUUCGAGAGUGAGAAACCCGGCAUUUCCGAGAGCAUCAUAGAUUUCUACGGAAAACGAUCAUGGGUGUUCUUGGUUCGCAGUUUCUCACCGCUGACGAUCUUUUACCGAUUUCAUAGUUCCGUUUGUUUGGCUGAAAUAUGGAAAAAUGUUUAUGUUAAUAAAUAA